CAGACUUUCUUGCUUUUUGCGUGUCGAUAGUCACUGCACAUCCUCGUGCGUCCUCAGCGGUGUCUAAUGCAGCUGAAGAAGAAGAAGAAGAAAAAGAAGAAGAAAAUGCUUUAAAGCUCCUUCUCUGGCGCACGCGGGACCAAGAGUUCGUCCCGGUUCCCGAGUGGACCCGGCACCGGAGCCACAUUCCAGCAGCUUCCUUUUGAUCUCCAAGGUGAAGAGGAAGAGGAGGAGGAGGAGGAGAGAGGAGACAGACGGAUUGGAUGGAGUUUAUGGAUUAUUGAAAAAGUGAAGGGCGGAUCAGUAUUUCAUGAGGACUUUCUUCUGCAACACAAGUGAGAUUUCCGCGCGUCCACCUGCAGGUCCGGCGCCGCGUGCGCGCACCGACCAGAUGAGCGCAGAGGCUGCUGGAGGAGGAACGACCGCGCAUCCGGCGCGGGUGUUCGGCGUGUGAGUGUGCGUUUGGAAAGGAGCCCCCCUACUGCGGUACUUUCCCGCCUCGCGGGCAGAGUGAUGGCACCGACCUGCUGACGGACACCGGGCAGUGAUCCGCACCUUCCCCCCCGCCCCCCCCUCCCCCCUGUACGCACAGACGCGUCGAGCCCAGCGAGCCCCACUAAUAUGCAAUGGUUUUUUGUGCAGAAGCCGAGCGCCGCCGCGUACCGCCGACUCCACGCUAGCGCCGCCGCAUGCCUGUCCGCCGCCGCCGCUGCCGCUCCUCUUCCUGCGCGGCGCGGCAGACAACGCCAUUUGAAGAGGAGCGCCCGAGGGCUUUUGACGCCGCGGCGGCCGGGCGGCGACAGCAGCAGCGCGGCUGAGGACACCGAGGAACGGAGCGCCGCUGCGGCCGCCGUUGUCCUGCCGCGCGGGGGGGACGUCGACGCGGAAUACGCGCGGCGGCUGCUGCUGGAGCUUUUGGAAAAAGCGGGCGAGAAUCCGGGCGUGGAGCCGGGCUUCCAGCUGCUGCUGCUGCUGUCUAUGGUGCAGAUCGGGGCGGGUGAGCGGUGCCAAAGUACUGAGUCCAACAGCUGGCCGGCUCUGCUGGCAUGCAAGCAGGGGGGUGGACCAGCCCCCGUGCGAUGGGUGAAUUUUAGGCUGCUGCAUCCGGAGAGCCUCUCUUCCUCCACCCCCUCUUCUUCUUCCUCCUCCUCCUCCCCAGUCUCGGCCAAAUCCAUGCGGUUUAUUUGGAGCAACAUCUUCAGCAAAGGAUCGCAUAUGCUGCAGUGUCUUUGUGGCAGGAGCCUCAAGAAAAACAAGAACCCAACUGAACCGCAGCUGAAGGGCAUCGUGACCAGGUUGUUCUGCAGGCAGGGCUUCUAUCUCCAGAUGGGCCAGGAUGGAAGCCUGGAUGGGACCAAAGACGACAGCACCAACUCCACUCUUUUUAACUUAAUUCCUGUCGGUCUGAGAGUCGUGGCCAUCCAAUCUGUGAAGACCGGCCUCUACAUUGCAAUGAACGGCGAGGGCCACCUGUACACCUCGGAGCUGUUUACAGCAGAGUGCAAGUUUAAAGAGUCGGUGUUUGAGAACUACUAUGUGAUCUACAGCUCCAUGCUGUACAGGCAGAAGGAAUCGGGCCGGGCCUGGUUUCUGGGCCUGAACAAGGAGGGCCAGGCUAUGAAGGGCAACAGGGUCAAAAAGACCAAACCAGCUGCACACUUCCUGCCUAAACCCAUAGAAGUUGCCAUGUACCGAGAGCCGUCGUUGCACGACGUAGGGGAGGCGGUGCCUAAGCUCGCAGGGGUCCCGCCUUCCAAAAGCACAACCUGUGAGCCGGUGGUCAUGAACGGAGGGAAACCAGUCAGCAAACCCGACAAGGGGGGGACAUAACCCCGCCCGCCCACCCGCCCGCCUGCGGCCGAAGCCACAAACACAGCCUUGCCCCACUGCUGCGCGCUCACUAGACAAAAACUGCAACAACAGGUAAAACAAACAGCGGCACGCUCUGAUUGGACAGCGCUGGGGCCCCUCGUUCCCCCCCGCCGUCUGUGCUGGUUGGGCUCUGGGGGGAAGAAGACAGACUGAUGUUUGGGAACUGAGAAGAUGGAUGGAGAAACUUGAGAGUGAAGCAAUGCCAUCCUCACACACUGUCAUUUAUUUUUUCUGACAAUCCAUCAGAAUAAGGCCUUGUUUUUUUUUUUUUUAAAGAAAAAAGAAAAGAAAAAAAAAAACCCUGAUAGGACUGUUUGAUUUCUUCAUGGAGCCAAAAAACUCUUCGUGCAGAAUAUUCAAGAAAGAAAAAAAAAGCCUCAGCAGAUGUUCAGUUCUGCUGAUUCAGAGCGCG